CAUUCGGGCACUUGAGAGGUAUUUUAUAAAAAGGUUGCCUCUUUCAAACUUGUCAUAUUCAGCGCUAACACUUCGGGACAUACGACUUUGGCUUGCACUGAAAAAAAACAACAACAAGGCAGCCACUUAUUACAUUCCUAGUGAGUCAAUUACUUUCUGACGGUACCUCAACUAAACAAAGUCAGUAAAAUGUCUGGAUGCAGAGAACGAAAGCUUUCCCGCCCUCAUACUGAGUGGGUUCCUUCAGGAGCGGGCUACUUCACCUCAAAAUUUUCAAUAUCCGAGGAAAGCAUGAAACAUAUUUCUCCUACAGUGAUCGAGUCUUUCAAGUCCAUUGCUGUAUAUUCUGGGAAGCCAUUCACCAUCGCUGACUAUGGCUGUGCUGACGGAGGGACCUCCAUGCCACUCAUGUACGCAUGCGUGGAGGAAUUGAGAAACUUGCAUGGGAAUGAGCUUGAAAUUCACAUAAAUUAUGAAGACAGACCAGAAAAUGACUACAACUCAAUCUUUUACUAUGUGCAAGGUUUGCUGCCACUUUCAUCCAGCUAUCUUAGCGAUUUCCCAAAUGUCUUCAUAUCUGCAACAGGAACCAGUUUUUACGAGCAAUGUUUCCCCAGCGAUUCCGUAAACUUGGGCUUUUCCUGUCUGGCCAUUCAGUGGCUGAGGAAAAAACCCUGUAAUUUGACUAGGGCGAUACUGCAUUGCUUCUCCGAAGUCCCACAAGAGAGAAAUAUGUUUGCCAAACAGGCUGAGAAGGACUGGGAACAGUUCUUGUUGAUGAGAGCAAAAGAACUUGCCAAAGGUGGUAGGCUGGCACUGAUUAUAGCCUGUACACAUGGGAAGGAAACCGAAGGUAGCGUCCCAGCUCUUGUUAUCUACAAGUUAUUGUACAACGUUUGGGAGAGCAUGGAAAAAGACAAGAUCAUUUCAAAGAAAGAUAUGGAAGAAAUGACCAUCCCUGAAUAUUUCCGAACUCGUGAAGAACUGGUGAAGCCGUUCCUAUCAGAUGCAUCGCCGGUUAGAAACGCUGGUCUUAAUCUUGUCUCCAUGGAAUUGAAAGAGUUUCCUUUACCAGAGAAAGCCAUGUGGAAAAUUACUGGAAACGCUAAAGCAUGUGCAAGACUGAUGACUGAACAAACCAGGGCUUGGAGCAAUUCCUUCUUUCAGUCGGCACUCAGUGACCAUCAUUCUGCAGAGGAGAAAAAUUCGAUUCUGGACGAAUUUUUCUAUCGUCUUGAAGAACAAUUUUUGCUUUCUCCUGAGGAUUAUAUGGGUGUGAUAUGGAAUGCAUUUAUGAUAAUCGAAAAGUCACGACCUUGAAAAGGAAAGAGGAUAGUCCUUAAGCUUGCUUGAUAUUUAAGAUAUUUUGCAUUUAAUAAAAACAAUGCAUUACUUUUA